UUGCUCCUUAAAUCCUACUUGAAUACCAAGAGAGAGCUUACACGUCUUUAGACUCGCUCGACGAAGGCCGCAAGCUCAGCUGAGAAGAAGGGAUCAAACAUUCAAACUCCUCUCGUUCCAGUUCCGAUCUUUCUCGUUCAGGGCACAGUUCUGAGGUUUCUCGUGGCUGGAUGGGGACUGACUCGGAUACCGGCAGAGGCGGGGGCCGAGCCCGAGGUCUCGUGCUCAAGGCGCUCGUGCUUUUCGGCGGAGUGCUACUCUUGAGGAGGCUGAGAAGGUCCACGACUAGAUGGGACCACGCCCGAGCGGUUGCUCGAGAGAUUUCUGGCGAGAAAUUCUCCCGGGAGCAGGCUUGCAGGGACCCUGACAACUAUUUUAAUCUGAGAAUGCUUACAUGUCCUGCGACAGAGAUGGUAGAUGGCUCAAGAGUUCUAUAUUUUGAGCAAGCAUUUUGGAGAACACCACAGAAGCCUUUCCGACAAAGGUUCUAUAUUGUCAAGCCUUGCCCGAAGGAGGCGAAGUGUGACGUGGAGGUGAGUUCAUAUGCUAUCAGAGAUACCGAGGAGUACAAAAAUUUUUGUGACCGUCCAAAGGACCAGAGGCCACAUGAUGAAGAAAUUAUUGAGGACGUUGCAGAGCAUCUAACAACAAUAAAUCUCUCUCGCUGUGAGCGUGGCAAGCGUUGCUUAUAUGAGGGUUCAACAAGUCCUGGAGGCUUUCCAAACUCCUGGAAUGGGGCAUCCUAUUGUACAUCGGAGCUCAUUAUUCACAAAAAUGGUGAAGUGCAUACAUGGGAUCGAGGCUACGAUGAAGAAGGGAAUCAGGUCUGGGGACCAAAGGGAGGACCUUAUGAGUUCAAACCUGCUCCAAAUUCGUGUUAUGAUGAUAUGAUCUCACUUAAUUUUCCUCCAACCAAGUCAUUAGAGAAGAAAUUUGACGGUUCAUUUGUAAUGAAUGAAUAGAGGCUCUGCUGUACAGUUUCUCAUAUAAAUUUUGUUUUUUCCUUUGUUUUUUUUUUCCUCUCUAGUUAAAUUGCUUGUAUUAUCAGUAGAAUGCAGUGUUUAUGCUUGAUAUUUAGAUGGAUUGUAGUUGAGACUGUA